AUGGCAAUGCUAAUUGAAGCUAAUAAAACAUCCUCGAAUGUAAGUUUGGAUGAGAGAGAUCUAAGUGGAUCAGAGCGAAUCUUUCAUGGCGUAACACAUAAACCGCAAUUAUUUGCAUUUCUGUAUAAUAAACGUUAUGCAAAUUUGAAUACUUUAUUUUCAUCAGUUGAUUUAAAGGCUAACCGAGAACAAUUGCUCUAUGUAAUUUUAGUUCUAUUGGCUUUUUACUUGUUAUUUGGAUGUUUUGCUGAGCUAAUUUGUAAUAUUUUUGGAUUUGCUUAUCCAGCUUAUGCAUCUGUUAAAGCAAUUCGUACACCAAAUAAAGACGAUGACACACAAUGGCUAAUGUAUUGGACAGUUUUUGCUACAUUUUCUAUAGCUGAUUCUAUUGCAUCUGUAAUUACACAUUUUUUUCCCAUAUAUUGGAUAUUUAAGGCAACAUUCUUACUUUAUCUUUAUCUUCCAAACUGUAACGGAACACAAAUGUUAUUUUAUAAUGUUGUUAAUCCAACAAUUUCAACAAUUGAUGAUUUGAUUAAUGCUUAUAUGAGAAAGUAA